GACUUUUCUGGGGGCAACAACUCGGCGUCCCCUCUUUUUGCCUUUAAAGUAAAACGUGUCCUCGACGCACCUCCGUCCGAACCGCGCGCCUUCCGGGGGGGCGGCCCCGGCGGAGGAGGGGCAGGGCUGACGCGAGCCCAGGGGACAGCCGGGUCACGUGGGCGUGUUGUGGGGGGAGGGGCGCGGCCGCGCGGUCGGUUCCGGGCGGUUGGGCGCGCGAGCGAGCGAGGGAGCGAAGGCAGCCGCGCCCGCCGCCGCCGCCGCCCCUGCUCUGUAUGCGGCUCUCUCCCGGCGCGGCCGCCGCCGAUCGCAGCAGCAGCCGCCGUCGCCGCGGUUGAUGUGGUUGGGCCGGGGCUGAGGAGGUCGCCAAGAUGCCGCAGUCCAAGUCCCGGAAGAUCGCGAUCCUGGGCUACCGGUCUGUCGGGAAAUCCUCAUUGACGAUUCAAUUUGUUGAAGGCCAAUUUGUUGACUCCUAUGAUCCAACCAUAGAGAACACUUUCACGAAGUUGAUCACAGUAAAUGGACAAGAGUAUCAUCUUCAGCUUGUAGACACAGCUGGGCAGGAUGAGUAUUCCAUUUUUCCUCAGACAUACUCCAUAGAUAUUAAUGGCUAUAUUCUUGUGUAUUCUGUUACAUCAAUCAAAAGUUUUGAAGUGAUUAAAGUUAUCCAUGGCAAACUGCUGGAUAUGGUGGGGAAAGUGCAAAUACCCAUUAUGUUGGUUGGGAAUAAAAAAGACCUGCAUAUGGAAAGGGUAAUCAGUUAUGAAGAAGGGAAGGCUUUGGCAGAAUCUUGGAACGCAGCUUUUUUGGAAUCUUCUGCUAAAGAAAAUCAGACUGCUGUCGAUGUUUUCAGAAGGAUAAUUUUGGAGGCAGAAAAGAUGGACGGGGCAGCUUCACAAGGCAAGUCUUCGUGCUCGGUGAUGUGAGAGCGAGUGCAGUGGAGGACACUGGGAAACGUUCUCCUUGGGGGAGCGGCUCCACCAUCCUCGGAGGAAAACUCUGCUUCUUCUCUUCUGUUAACCUGAGAGACGUCAUUUGGGUCAGAGCCCUCCUUCAGAUUAUGUUCAACUCUGACUGUCCAAAUGAGUUCACUUCCAUUUUCAAAUUUUAAGCAAUCAUAUUUUCAAUUUAUAUAUUGUAUUUCUUAAUAUUAUGACCAAGAAUUUUAUCGGCAUUAAUUUUUCAGUGUAGUUUGUUGUUUAAAAUAAUGUAAUCAUCAAAAUGAUACAUAUUGUUACACUACUAUUAACUAGGCUUCAGUAUAUCAGUGUUUAUUUCAUUGUGUUAAAUGUAUACUUGUAAAUAAAACAGCUGCAAACCUUCA